AUGGCGCUAGAUACAUACCUUGUCGUUUUCCAUCACUUCGAUGCUCAUUACCUGCAAAGGCUUGAGCCAAAAUACAUUGGGGGCAUUACUGCCCUCACCUUCAUACCUGCGUUGGUAUUUCUUUUCAUUCGUUCUGACGAGAAGGGCCCUGUUUAUGGCAGCGAGACCAUUUGGUGCUCGAUAUCUCCAAAGUGGAUAAUUCUACGCUUGAUCUUAUACUACGGCCCCGUAUGGCUCACCAUAGCCGUGGUGCUAUUAUUCUACGCGCUAAUUGGCAUCGAAAUCUCCCGCCUUCGCCACGAAUUCAAACUCACAGAUGAUGACCAUAUCGCCCUUACCUCCAACCUCUCGUCCAAUAACUUCAAUCCCGAACACACCCAAGUCUCAGUAACUACAACUGUCGAAGCCAACUCCACACUGCCAGAUUCAAACAAAGCCUAUUUUUCGGAUUCACACAUCGCGAGCCACUCCUCCGUUGAACAGGAAAUCAGCCCCAGCCCUCCCACAAAUUGGGCGCCGAUGAACCACCAAUCCUCAAAGCAACGUCGCGUCUCAUUCAAGCAAUAUAUCCUUAUGCCUUCCCUUUUCUUUCUAGCUUUAUUGGCGACAUGGGUUGCACCGACGAUUAAUCGGGUAUCCACGUUUAUUAAUCCAGAUGUGGAGUCGUUCCCGCUGCUUGUUGCUGUUAGUGCAUUUGGGUCUUUGCGCGGAUUUUGGAAUGGGGUUAUCUUUAUCACAAUGGGUAUGAAAGGGUGGAAGAGACGGGCAAGGGAGCGGAUGGUUCAUAAAAGUGCGCGACGAUGA